AUGUAUAGCAUGAUGAUGGAGACGGACUUGCAUUCCCCUGGACCCCAAACAAAUACAAAUUCGGGACACACGGGAUCAAAUAAUGGGAGCAAGGUCAACCAAGACCGUGUAAAGAGACCGAUGAACGCUUUCAUGGUCUGGUCCAGGGGCCAGCGGCGGAAGAUGGCUCAGGAGAACCCUAAAAUGCAUAACUCGGAGAUCAGUAAGAGGCUUGGCGCUGAGUGGAAGGUCAUGUCAGAAGCAGAGAAGCGACCGUUCAUUGACGAGGCGAAGAGGUUACGUGCUAUGCAUAUGAAGGAGCACCCGGAUUACAAGUACAGACCUAGGAGGAAGACCAAAACACUACUCAAAAAGGACAAAUAUUCCUUGGCUGGUGGCCUGCUUUCCGGCUCGGGAGGUGGAGGCGGCGUGGGUCUGGGUGUCGGAAUGAGUCCAGCGGGGGUAGGACAGCGCUUAGAGAGUCCCGGGAGUCAUGGAGGCAGCGCCACGGCCAGCUACGCACAUAUGAACGGCUGGGCCAACGGUGCAUACUCGGGACAGGUGGCAGCAGCCGCAGCGGCUGCCGCGAUGAUGCAAGAAGCUCAACUUGCGUACAGUCAGCACCCCGGCAGUGGGGCUCAUCACCACCACAGUCACCACCACCAUCCGCACAAUCCUCAGCCCAUGCACCGCUACGAUAUGACAGCCCUCCAGUACAGCCCCAUCUCAAAUUCUCAGAGCUACAUGAGCGCCUCGCCAUCUGGUUAUGGAGGAAUAUCCUACACGCAGCAUCAGAACUCGAGCGUGCCUUCCUCGGGGGGUAUUGGCACGCUGGGAUCUCUGGUGAAAUCAGAGCCAAGUGUAAGCCCUCCAGUUUCAACUCACUCUCGCGCCCCAUGUCCCGGAGACUUGCGGGAAAUGAUAAGCAUGUACUUACCGACGGCGGAAGCAGGAGACCCGUCAGUUCAAAGUAGACUUCACGCCUUGCCACAACAUUAUCAAAGUUCUACGACAGGGGUAAACGGGACCGUUCCUUUGACACAUAUUUAA